UAUUGGAAAGUCUGAAUUUACCAGAAGUCCGAAUGUGCGAAUAUAAAACCAACUUUACCGAAGUGCCCGUCAGGUACAGCAAAUUUCCUCAAAGAAAAAAAUCUCUCUCAACACUGUAAAUUAUACAGGGAACCACAGCUGGUAGCCUACAUCACUAUAAUAUUAAAAAUUAAUUUAUUUGUAAGCUACUUACAUAUAAAUUACACAGUUUUUAUAAUAACGUUAUAAUAAAAAAAAAUUAUGACAAUUAUAGGCUAUUUCUACUCAUUUUUAUAUAGACCUAAAAAUUUAAAUGGCGGCUGUCAUAAAACAGAUUUAUACAUUCAAUAUUGAAGUACAUGUUAAGCACAAAUACAAUGAAUAUGCAAUAGUGCAUAUAUUUAGCAAAAUGCUCCUCUCGAAGUUCAUUUUUGUAGCUGACUGAUGCGUUUUUGGACAUUGAAGGGCUUUUCUGAGGUAAAUGUGACGGUAAAUUUGACAUUAUUACAAUAUGUUUUAAUGACACCUUUCCACAGUUGAAACAUGAACAUGAAAGAUGACAUGAUACGGAUUUUGGUAAGUUCUACUAUAUCUUUCAACAUACCUUUGGAUGUUCAUUCAUGUUUAUUACAUGUGGAAGAGUUGGUCCGUUCACGCCCGCUCUGCAUGAACUGAAGCGCUUAGCGCUACAAGACACAGAGAGCCACGAAUGAUCGCGACAGCUCGCGAGACGUCUAUGGUCUCACUCCAGUCUAUGGGAAAGUAUCCCAUUUUCGAUACUUGUGAGGUUUGUUGUGCUUGCAAUUUCACCUGGACCUAUUUUAGGUGUGCCAGCUGCCACUUUGGGUGGCACCGGCACACCCUGGCACACCCGUGGCUACCGGUCCGUGUAUCAUCUGAUCAUUCAAUUAUUUCAUUUAAUCUGGCAAACGAAAAACGGGCAAAACAGGUCGAUAUUUCGUUUUUCGGUGGUUCUGUAUGAACCAAAAAAUGAAAGCUGAUGUCUUUUUUCCAGUUUUCAGCUCGAAACCGAAAAACAAAUAAACCGAAAAACCAAAACGAAAUAAUACGGCUAAUUUACGUUUUUCUGUAUUUUUCCAGUUCUCACGGUGUUUACAGCUGCGCGCCGCGCUGUGCGCAUGCGCAAUGAAUUUAAGGCCGCUAACCAUUGUUUGUACACUCGGAGGCAACAUCAUUGCGACGAAAUGGAUGUAUCAUUUGUUCUUUUCACUUCGUCUAGAAGGGUAACAUUGAGAGAGGAAGACAUGAUGGUUGAAAACAUUUCUAAAAUAUUUCAGGUAUCCAGCCAGAGCCUGUACCUCACUGAUGAUGCUAAUGUGGCAGUGUUCCCCAGAGCAGAUGGCCACUUCAGUUCAUUAGAUCUCAGGGACAAGGCCCACUAUGAGGUACAUGGGUCUGGGGCUGUACCCAACACAAGUGGUAAUGCUGCUGCCUCUGGGCCACCUCCAUCCUCAAGCAGCCAGUUUCGCUUCUCCAGGCCUGGUAUCUCAGCGAGUCCCUCACUGCCACCCAGGGCCCAAUCCCUGAAAUACUUUACAAAGACAGUCAGCCUGGGAGAGUUUCAAAGUGGGAAGCUUGUCACCAGCAGAAUGGUGGUGGUAAGAUUCACAGAGCAGGAGGCCAGUGUCCCAAUUUUGACCGCAAAAGUGAAAGAUGCCCUAGGAACCAAUGACCCAGUCAUUUUGACAGACCACAAUGGGAUUGAAAUAUUAGACUCCGAAGGAACAAGAGGGUCCUUUUACUGGAAGCAAAACUCAAGAAAAAUCAUGGCUGUACUGGAGGCUGAUUUCCAAGCUAUGCAACAAAAGAGGCGGAGAAUCUCACGCAGAGAUGAUGAAGGGGGAAUGGACAGUGUAUUGGAGAAGAUCGAGGAGGUUGUCCUGGCUGCUCAGGGUUUAUCUGAGGUGACCACUGCCAUCCAUGAACUGUCUGACCUGGUCCAAAACAGGAAGACAACAUUGGUACUGACUGAAGAACAGUCCAGGAAUGUGAGGGAUGUCUUCACUUGUCUAGUUUGCAGAGGAAUCAUGGAAGAUCCGGUUUUUUGCAGCCUGCUGCGAAAGCUUAGUUGGUUGCAGAUCCUGCACAACUUUGUGGCUCCAAAAUUCUUCACAGUGUCUGAAAUGUCGAACGGAAGAUUUUUCCACCAACAUGCAUAGAGUCACUGGCUUUACUGAACUAGUGAAUGUAGUUAGAGGAUUGGCAUGCGAGUAAACACUAUUCUUGCCACUAAAUCCAUCUUUUCACAGUAUUCAUGAGAAAUUGGUGGAUAUGUUUUAUGUGGCAUCUUAGUGUAAACUUACAGGAAUUUUAUUAGAGUUUUAAGAGUCUAAAUGUUUUAUAUUGCUCUGUUCUGAGCUGACAGAUUUCUUAAGAGUUAAAUGUGGCAGUAUGUUGUUUUAUAUUGCUUUGUUUUGAACUCACAGGGAUUUUAUUAGAGGUAGAAAAAUUGGCAAUAUGUUGUUUUACAUUGCUUUGUUGUUUUGAGCUCACUCCACACUGAUUUAAAGGUGUUGUUUGUUUGUUUUUUAUCUUAUGUGAUUCCUAAAGUUGGACCUAAUUUGUUUACAUUUUUGUGUUUUAUCAUUAAGCUCUUCCUGGUUCUAUAAUAUAUUAUUUUUCAAAUAAAUUUUUCCCCACAAAACAGUCCAGUGUAUACU